UGAUGGAACAAAAUCAUGCACUCUAAAUGUUGGCAUGCGCUUGGCGUGCGCAGUGAAGCGUACUGUCAUUCAAUGCCGUAUUAAGAACAAAUGAAUGGGUAUUUUGGAAAAUUGUAAGUAUGAGAAAUAUAAUUUCUAUAUAAAGCAACAAUGCUGUCUUCGAAGUUGUAGAUGCAUUUGCACACUAAACGUGAAACAAACAUAUCAUAACUUCAUCAUCUUUUGCUAUCCAACAUGCAUUUCUCCGUAGCUUUCAGCUUGAUCUACACACUUCUCUUAUCAAAGAUCAGAUCGAGUUUAUCGGCAACUGUAAGCGCAGUCCAUGUUUGCGCCUACUCUGCUGACACUACACAGUACACACCAAAUUGCUACGACUGCAUUCAAGAUGUCUACAAUAAUGCUCUUAUGGCCUGUCUCAAUGCAUCAGCAAUGCCAAAAAAUAUCACUUUCAAAGCUGCUAAUUGCAUGGAAGGAAAUUGCAAAAUUCCGUAUUUCACUCCAACUACUCCAGAGGUAGAAGAUGUCCCACCCAUGUGGGAUUUCUUCAGUAAGCUAUUUUUGGCUGGUGGCAGCGGCUCUAGCGCUUUUGCUAGAGCUAAAAGAAGCGUUAAGGAUAAUUCUGUUGAUAGCAUGAGCCCUUUUUCCAGUCCGAUGAAAUUUAAUAUUGUGAAAAGGGUAGAAACCGUAGUUGGAAAACCAGAAAUGAGAGAGACUGAGCUAGACUACGAAGAAAUGUAAUUAUUAUAAACUGGACAAAUUUAUUGCAAGUGGAUGGAAAUUGAAAUUUCAGUAUGUUGUAUUCUCCCCCAAAUACAAAAUGGCAAAUCUGUAUUGUGUUUAGAUUUUAAUUUCGGAUAAUAAAUUCUAAAAUUCACUCCCCUAAAUAUUUAUGACUCUUAAAUAUUAAUUAUCAGAAAUGUUUGAGAUGCAUUAUUUGAUAUCUUUUGUUAGAUUUUUUAGACACAUUAUUUGAUGAAACGUUAGAUAUAUUAUUUGAUGAUGUUUGAGAAAUGUGUUGUUUCGAACUCAAUAUAGGGGAUAAUCCGGCAUUGGUACCACAACAAACAACUUGAAAUUGGAUUGAAAUUGAAUUGAAAUUGAAUUGAAAUUGAAUUGAAAUUGAAUUGAAAUUGAAAUGACUACGUAUUAGACGUUACUUAGAUAGUUUGCCCCUUUUUAUGAUGGUUUUUAGUUUUUUUAUUACCACAACUCGGCAAAUUAUUACAACUAUCUUGAUGCAAAUACUAAUAAAAAAAUGACCCUCCAUAAUGUACAUUAUAAUUCGUUUAUUCAAACUAAAUGUUGUCUUUUAUGUACUAUCAUUGUACCGUAGCUUCAAAAAUUAUGUACCAAGACAAAAUUGUAAUUUAUUGCUAUGCGAGAUUGUAUUUCAUUAAAUAUGUAUCAUCUGUUUUAAUAAAAACUCCAUUUUAAAAUUCAGUGAGUCAUUAAAAAGAGAAAUUCAUUAUUUAUAAAAGCCGUGUACUGUUAUUUUAAUGAUUUCCACGAAUCAUGUUCGCAUUAUACUACCUUCUCAACUACCAUAAAAUAAACUUUUGUCUUUAGUUUUAUUUUACUAAGAAGCCAUUGCAUAAAUCUGAAUUUUAUUUUUCUAAUUAUUUGUUUGAAUACUAUGUCUGAUUUUGUAAUGAUCUUAGUAAGUUAUUUAAGAUUUGGAAUUUUCUCCUGUUAUGUAAGUCCCAAAUAUAUUUUUGUGUAUGCUUGCU